AUGUUAGACUAUGCUCCACUCAGUGACUCAGUGUGCUGGAUUAUUCUGCUUGGUAAUGGACCUGUGACUAAGCUGGUGGGACGCGGACCCGUCGAGUUCGACAAGCCGGAGUAUCUUGUGGAGGUGUUGGAAAACACUCGCCCCCACUCACUGGCACACCUAACUGCUAGAGUUCACCCUCAAGGACUGCCUCUACAGUUCAGACUUACUGAGGGGAAUGAGUAUGGUGCCUUCACCCUUGACGCCAGCAGUGGUCGCCUCGCCCUCACUGCUCCCCUCGACUAUGAACAACAGCAACAGUACGAACUUGUGGUAGAGGCCCGGGCUGGGGAGGCUAAGAGUGAAGCCAGAGUCUUGGUACGAGUGUUGGACGAGAACGACCACGCCCCGACCUUCCCCAGGUCGUUGCACGAGACUCAAAUCACAGAGGAGGACGACCGUCACCUACCCAAGACCAUCCUGACGGUGAGAGCCCGUGACGGUGAUGGAGAGGAACACAGUCGUGUGAGGUACUCGCUCUCUGGUGAUGGUGUCUUCCCUAACAGCAGUAGCAGCUUCGCUGUUGAUCCUCUUACUGGUGCAGUACUUCUCUUACGGCCACUAGACCGGGAUCCACCGCUGGGCCAGGCCAAGUGGCAUUUGCGUGUAAGUGCCAGCGACGGUGAGCUGAGUGACGACACCGUAGUACAAGUGAACCUCAAAGAUGUGAAUGACAACUCUCCGUACUUCCCUGACCCCGUGCUCACUGCCACUAUAUGUGAGAACACUGCCCUGGGCUCCCCGGUGAUCCAGGUUGUAGCCACGGACCAUGAUGACCCGAAGGAAGGGCAGAACGCGCAGCUCGUUUACUCCCUGGAGAAGAAUGCCAUCGACGAGGCUACGGGUAGCCCUAUCUUCACUAUUGACACCCAUCUGGGGUUGAUCACUACAGCCCUCUGCUGUCUCGACCGUGAGAAGACCCAGCGCUACUCCAUCCAGGUUGUGGCUACUGACGGAGGUGGUCUUAAAGGUACAGGGACGGUGGUGGUGGACGUGGAGGACAUCAAUGAUGUUCCUCCGAGGUUCUCUCGUCCUGAGUGGUCCCUCGACGUCUCUGAGAACCAUCCUGUCGAGCGUGUACUGGCCACCCUCACGGUCGUUGACCACGACAUCUCUAAUAACUUCACCUUCAGGGUGGUGAAGGAGAGUGGACACGGGUGGGACAUCUUCAGUGUCCAGGAGCGAGGUGGUGGCGGCCCCGGGGGUGACCUGAGACUCGUCACUCCACUGGACUACGAGAAUCCUGACCAGAGACCCGGCUUCAGGUUCCGCGUAGAAGUGACGGAUGAGGGCGACGACGGAUGGGACGACAAGUAUCACGUGGAUGGUGCCUGGGUUAACCUGAGACUAGUUGACGAGAACGACAACACUCCCACCUUCCUGGUCCGGGACCACGCCCACCUCACCCUUCCAGAGGACACCCCAGCCAACGCCGCCCUCACCACCUUCACCGCCCACGACCUGGAUGCGGGCGGCUACAGCAGAAUCCAGUAUAGUAUAGCUCCAGCGAGUGAUCCUGGCCGGAGGUUCGGUGUAGACGAAGUUGGGGCAGUGCGGCUCGUGGGGGACCUCGACCGUGAGACGACUGCUUCCCACAGUGUCCUAGUGUGGGCAGUGGACGAUGGUCUGCCACCCAGAACAGCUACAGCGUUCCUUAAUGUGAACGUAACCGACGUGAAUGACAAUCCGCCGUUCUUGGCGGAGCCUCAGGAGGUUAAAGUGGCAGAGAACGGCGUUACGCAGGUUGUGGCUCGGCUGCGUCUGGGUGACCCUGAUGACUGGCGUCUGGGCCAUGGACCACCCUUCACUCUGGCCCUGGAUCCUCGGGCUCCUCCGCACAUCGCCACCUCCUUCACAGUCACUCUAGAUGAAAGAGGAGACGAGGGACGUGGGGUGGGAGUUGUAUCGACGGUGGGAAGCUUAGACCGUGAAGAACAUCGCUUGUUACUGGUGCCUCUGGUGGUGGCUGAUGCUGGUUCACUCUCUGCUACCCUCACACUCACUGUCCACGUCGUCGACCUUAAUGACAACCCCAUGACACCGGCCUCCAAGACUGUCACUGUCCAUACCGUCCAGCACCAGAAGAGACACGUGCCUCUGGGAAGAGUAUACGUGCAGGACCCUGACGACUGGGAUGCAGCUGCCAAGACCUACGCCUGGAGACACUACCAGUCUGGCUUCUUUUUGAAUACCUCCACUGGAGACCUGACUAUGGCUCCCGACACACCCGAUGGACGGUACGAGCUGGGGUUCUGGGUCAGCGAUCCCAGCCAAGGUCAGUCGGGGGUCAUCGCUAAUGUCACAGUCAAGGUCAAGAUGUUAACAGAACGUGAGGUGACACAGGGAACGUCUCUGACCCUUGUAGUUAACCCUUACUGGGCGGUCACAGAACAGGACGAGGCUGGACGGGAAGGUUCCUCUCUCGUGCGCCGGCUGGCGGAGGCGUCUUGUUCAUGGAUUGAAGGAAGCAACACGGGCGUGUGGGCGUGGGUCAGCGAUGAGAUGACUGGUGUGCAGCAGGCUGACAUGAUGCAGCAUCACCUGGAGAGUCAAGAAGAAGAGCAGCAGCCCACUGCCACAACAACCACAACCACAACCACAACAACCACUACUACCAGCAGCACAGCCAGCACUCAAGUGUGGCUAGUGGCUCCUGGAGUACAUAACCUCAGUCACAUCCUCUUGUACCGCAGGCAGCAGCUUACACAAGCUUUAGGGGUUGACAUAGAUGACGUGGGCACAGUAGACGACCAAGAACAUACCAACGCCAGCAAAACACCGCGUAGACUCAGGGGUGACACUCGGAAGUGCACUGGUGGGUGGUGGACGCAGGUGAAGGUCGGGGAUGGUUACAGUGUUGUGGACGCUGGUGUGUCAGCCAUGGUGGGUCCCAGAGUACAAGUGAGUCGUGGUUGUGGAUGUCUUCCCCCAACACCUGUCCAGGAUGACACAUGCAACACUGACACCUGUCUCAACGGUGGCCGAUGUUUGCCCACGCCCUCAGGCACCAGGUGUGUCUGUCCCCACGACACCUGGGGCUCCAGGUGCAAGGUACUAAGUAGGUACUUCGAGGGUGCGACUUAUCCGAGCGAGGGAGACAAUGUAGAGAGUGGCAGCUGGUCAUGGGUGCCAUCUAUUCCCUCCUGCUCUGAGGUUCACCUCAGCCUUGAAGUUCUCACCACCUCCCCAGAUGGAACACUUCUCUACUCCGGUCCACAGCAGAGGCAGAGGAUUUCCAGACCAUCAGUAGUGGUGAAAAAUACACAGAGAGAAAAGAAUAAUGUGGAGACCACAAGGAGAGACAUGAAUGGUGUAAAAGAGACUCCAAGGAGAGACAGGAAUGGUGUAGAGACAAGAAGAGACAGGAAUGGCUUAAAGAAAACAUUAGAUAAAAGUGCGAAUAACAAAACCCCGAAUAAAAUUAAUGAUAUUUUAGAAGGGGCUUUACGAUCUAUUAACACACUGGAAGAAGUUUUGGGAAAAGCUGACAACAUUUUAGAAAACGCUUUAAGAGCAGAUAGUGAGGAUGAGAAGGUGCCAACAAAUACCACUGACGUGUCGGAAGUGUCUCCGAGAACGCCCAUCGAGACCACAGAAGAAUUACUAAGAGGGAGGAGCGACCUGGUGCUGCUGGAACUACGAGGAGGUCAUCCAACCUUGCUACUGGACCUCGGGGGAGGCGCCGUCACACUUACUCUCAACGCCUCGUACACCCUCGCAGACAACACCUGGCACAGGAUAGAUCUUAUAUGGAAAGACGAGUUGGUCGAGAUGAUAGUGGACUUGUGUUCUGGUGGCAGCCUUGACACCCAGCCACCCGCCCUCAACCCUAAUCAUACCCUGCUACCAGACGCCCACACCUGCCGAGGCGCUGCCAGACUGCCUAGGACCGCCCGAGUCCUUAACACAAAUCAGCCCCUACAGGUGGGCGGACUAGCGCACCCACCUCCCUCCCACACGUCAUACGGGUGGCCGGCACCACUACACCCGCUGCCGUUCAAGGGAUGUAUAAGAAACUUGAGAAUUAAUGGUGAGCUGGUGGACCUGGGUAGUGACCGUGUAAGCAGACGAAGUUCUACUGGCUGUCCUGCCACUAACUGCCACUCUGCCGGCCUUCACUGCGGCAUUCAUGGCAGGUGUGUUGGUUCUAGUGAGUGGUUGAGGUGUGAGUGUGUGUCUGGGUGGACGGGAGCUGCGUGUGCCACACCAACCACACCGUCAACCUUCUACGUCAACAGCUACGUCAAGUUGGCACUCUCGUUCACUCCUCUCGGCUACACCACCUCAAUCACACUCAGGUUCCGAACGAGACAACAGCGAGGACAGCUGUUAAGACUGUCUUCACAGCAUGGUCGAGACAGCUUCAGUCUGCAGCUGCUUCAAGGACAGCUGUGUGUGCUUCUUCAGUUCCAGCCUGACCCAGUGAAGUCUCUCUGUCUCUCACUAGCUCAGGUUACUGAUGGUCGCUGGCAUGCAGUUACGGCUGCCAGGUAUGGAUCGGCGACAUUCCUUCUUGUGGACGACGGGGAUGGUGACCUGUACAAUGCGUCCAUGUCGUUAGAGGGACGCCAGAUGCUGGAAGUGGACACUGUGGAGGGCGUCUACGUUGGGGGGACACCGGAAUACGUCAGCGUCAACGUCUUGCAGAUUGAAAGCGACUUCCACGACGGGUGUAUUGACGACCUGAGGAUCCUCGGCAGGAGUCUGCCUCUGCCCUCUGCUGUCAACAAGACAACAUGGGGAGAAGUGAGCACUUUCAAGGAUGUAGAAAGUGGAUGUGUUGCCCCUCCUGUCUGUAACAACGUCACCUGUGCUCCGCCACUCACGUGUGUCGAUACGUGGAGGUCUUACCAAUGUGGGUGCGGCGAGGGACGAGUCUUGAACAACGGCAAUAUUAGCAGCAACAGCAGUAACAGCAACAAGGGCAGCAUAAACAGUAGAAGCAAGGUGACGUGUGAGGACCAGGACGAGUGUGUGUGGCAUCCUUGUCUUAAUGGUGGUUCCUGUUUCAACACACCUGGUGGAUACGUGUGUGUCUGUGGUCCUGGAUACAGCGGGCAGCAGUGUCAGCUGGCAGACGCGGGCGAAACAUCUAUAAAACUCUCCUUGGGAGCUGUUGUUGCUAUCCUCGUGUGGUGCGUCUUCCUCCUGCUGUUGCUGUGCGGCUUCCUGCUGCACCAGCAUCAUAAGAGAUCUGUAGUGCGUCGAGGUGUUGGAGCGAGUGUGAAGGACUCCGUCAGGAAAGAGGACUCCUCCUCCCCUUGCACACACACACCAAACCUCCUGCAACUGCAGCUUGUCAAACCUCCCAGAGCCAACGGCCAGCCGGCCUGGACCACCAGGAACCCAAACAUUGCUGACGUGGAUGUUCUUCAAGUAGACGCCUCGUCUGUUACCAGCAGUAUGGAAGACCAGAAGCGCACUAUCACCUCCACACCAGUGGCGGGACUGUCCCUGCUAGGAGAUAAGGGAAAAGAGACACUAGAGAGGAGCAAGAAUGGAUCAAGUCGAGGAGGAGGAACUACGAUGCCAAGUGCCAGCGAUGAUCUCAGAAACUAUGCUUACGAAGGUGAAGGCUCUUCCCCUGGAUCACUGUCCUCGUGUCUGGAGAGUUGCAGCGGCAGUGGCAAGUUUUUGGAUGGAUUCCGGGAGGUGGCUCACAUGCUGGAGUCCUGACACUCGCCUAGCCUCGCUCGAUCACCACCAUCACACACCAAAACAAAGCUCACUGAGUCUGGAGGCAGUUUAGAUACUCCUUCUAUUUACUCAGAUCCGCCUCCACCAUCAGUAAGCGAGAAAAUACGUACAAGUAAUGAAUGUGUUGUCACGGCUGCGACAGAAGACCCGCCUUGUGCCUUGAGCAUAAAACAUAAUCUGUUCUGAUUUUUUAUCAAAUACCUACAGAUUAAAUACUAAAGGAAAUAUUUGUUAGAUAACUCAUUUCUUAUUUAACGUUAAUAUUUUACCUGGAAUAAAAACAUGUUUAUCUUGAGAUAUGUAUUUAUUAAACUAACACCUUCACCUCAACACAUGCAGACUCUGAAAGGUCCACAUAUGCAAAGUGUAACGUUUCCUCAAUAGCCUUUGCAGGUAUUAUGAACACAGGUAUUGUGUUCAUAAUACUUGUAAUGGUUAUUGAAGAAAUAUUUAAUAACUGUUUCAAGUAUUAUGAAAAAAGGUACAGUUGUAUAAGGUGUUGUACAUGGCCAGAAUACCAGCAAGGA